GGAACCGCCCCCGGAAGUAGCGAGAACGGCUGGGCCAUCCCCACCAUCACUUUGUUGGGGGGCACACAGAUAAGACCUGAAAAACAAAUUCAGAGGCGUCUUCGGACUCAGGCCCUUCUGGCCACUUGAACGCGCCCUCUCGCUGGUUUUAACCUCCCCAAGAUUGUUGCGACCACGCCCCUCCUGGCCAAUCUUGGCCUUGAGGGCCUGAGCGCGAAGGGCGGCGCUUGAGUCACCCUGACGCCAAUGACUGACAGCUAAACCGGCCUUUGCGCGAGAGGGAGGGGGUGGAGGAGGGAGCGGCUCGCGCUGGCCGGUGCCGCUGCAGCCUCGUUAGGGCUGGAUGGAUCUGUUCGGGGAUCUUCCGGAGCCAACUCCUCGGGCAGUGGCAGCAGUAGAGAAAGAGGGACAGAAAGGAUCUCUGCUUUUUGAUGAUCUUCCUUCAAUCAGCAACAGUGAUUUGGGAGCAGGAGGCUCUUUGCUAUUUGAUGACCUCCCACCUGCCAGCAGUGGCAACCCAGCUUCUCAUCCCAUUGAGCAAGUUUCUCUUCCUGUGAGCUAUGGGAAGGGAGAGAAGAGGAAGUCCAUUGAAGGAGAGAAGAAUGGGAGUGAACAACUUGUGGAAAAGAAAGUUUGUAAAGAUUCUGCAGGUAUUCUUGGUUUGAAGGGUUAUGUAGCAGAGAGGAAAGGUGAGCGAGAAGAGAUGCAAGAUGCCCAUGUUAUUUUGAAUGAUAUCACAGAAGAGUGCAAUCCUUUGUCUUUUCAAAUAACUCGGGUCUCAUAUUUUGCUGUUUUUGAUGGCCACGGAGGAGUUAGAGCUUCAACAUACGCUGCACAGAAUCUGCAUCAAAACCUAAUCAGAAAAUUUCCUAAAGGAGAGGUACCCAGUGUGGAGAAAGCAAUAAGGAGAUGCAUUUUGGAUACUUUCAAACAUACAGAUGAGGAAUUUCUCAAACAAGCUUCCAGCCAGAAACCUGCUUGGAAAGAUGGUUCCACAGCAACCUGUGUGCUGGCGAUUGAUAAUAUUUUGUACAUUGCCAACCUUGGCGACAGUAGAGCAAUUCUUUGCCGUUACAAUGAAGAGACUCAGAAGUACACAGCUUUGAGUCUUAGUAAAGAACAUAACCCAACUCAGUAUGAUGAGCGGAUGAGGAUCCAAAAGGCUGGAGGCAAUGUCAGGGAAGGACGUGUUCUGGGUGUCCUGGAGGUCUCCCGCUCCAUUGGGGAUGGACAAUACAAGCGAUUUGGGGUUAUCUCUGUGCCAGAUGUCAAACGCUGUCAACUUACACACAAUGACAGAUUUAUCCUAUUGGCCUGUGAUGGUCUCUUUAAAGUCUUUUCACCAGAAGAAGCUGUGAACUUCAUCAUGUGUUGUUUGGAGGAUAAAACUCUUCCCACAAGAGAUGCCAAAUCUUCCACUGAUACAAAGUAUGAAGCAGCCUGCAACAGGCUGGCCAACAAAGCAGUGCAACGAGGAUCAGCAGAUAAUGUCACUGUCAUGGUGGUCCGGAUUGAACAAUGAUGGGACAAAUACCUGCAAGGAAGAUGCAUAACAGCAUGCAGCAAAUUUAAUAGAACACAAUAGUGUGUUUGUGAAAUGUGCGUGUGUGUAGAAUCUUAUGGAUUUCCCCCCAUAUGCUUAUUUGUAAAUAAAAGGAUUUUUUAUAAGCAUUCAGGUCAGUUCAUUGUUUCAUAAAUUGUAAAUACUUGGGUCUUCUGUUUUCCUCCUUGAAUGGGCUACAGGCAGUAGUCUUUAACAAAAUUUCCCUGCAGGUAGUUAUAUUGUUUGCUGUUUUACAAAAUGCUUCAGGUUCCAGUAUCCCACUUUAAAAAAGACAUGAAUAAAGGGCGCAGUUAUAUUUUAUUGGCAACUUGUUUUAACUGAGCAUGGGUUCUCCUAUAUACUGUAUAGUCAUCUGAAUUUUUGAUCCAAGCUGCAUGGAUACUACCUCAAGUAGUAUUUAUAUAGCUGUAUGCAAAAUAGAUGAAAUUUCCGGCUAGAGCUAGAAGGUGAGGUUAGAUUAGAUUUUAAAUGCAUGGAGUAGUGGAAUAUGGCAUUGUUAGAUUCUUUAGGCUAAAGUCUUGGAGAAAAGUAUAUCAGAAUAGGUCUUAUGAACAGGACUGGGCUGUCAUUGAAAUGAUCAUAUUUAUAGUGACUGAAAUCAGUGGGGGUUUUCUGUUUGAAUUUAAAUGGAAUAGAGUAAAUUUGUGCCUUGGGUCAGCAUUGACAUGCCAGUGAGGCUUGAGAGAACUAGCUAACAUGGAAUUAUAGUUUAUUUUCAGUUAUGAUACAAUUUGUAGUUUGCUUGUUUGCACAUAAACAUUGUGCAAGGUAUGAAUUCAUAUGUGAGGAAAACCUUUGUAAUAUGUCAGCUUUGGAUGUACUUUCUAAGUACUAUUAUUCUGAUUAAUUAAUAGGAAUAGAAUUAAGCUAUUAUGGGUGAGAUGAUACUCAACGGUGACUAGUGUAAGGGAAAACUAGUGAGGGAAAGAUUGGGACAAUAGGAACAGAAUGCACCACCAACUCAAUGUGAGCAAAUUGGGGCGGGGGGGGGGGACAGGUUAAUUUUGGACUGCAUUAAAUGAAGCUUUGUACUUCAUGGGAAGUAAUAAUUGCAGGUAUUCUAUUUUGCACUUGGGAUCCUAUGCCCCUUCUGGACAUACCACUUAAAUAGCACAUGAAGAAGCCAGAGUGGAUUUAGGGGAAAGCUAUUAGGAUGAGGCAUACUGAGCCCCAUGAAAAACAACUAAAUGUUUAUUUUAUUUAGCAUAUUUAACUUGCGAUAGAGAAAGCUAAGGGAGAGACAAUAGCGGGCUAUACUGCAAAUAGCUAAAACGUGUUACGUACAAAAGGGGAUGGACCUGUUCUCAGUUGACAUUGAAAGAACAAGAAUCAAAUGAGCCAAGGACUAGUUAAGCUGGGUAUUGAGAAAAAAAUAUUAAUGGAUUCUUGUAUUGAGCAAAGAAAAGUUAGAUGACCUGUAUAGUCCUUCCAACUUAGCGCUUCUAUAUUUCUACGUAACAUUGGGGUGCAGUUCAAUCAAUAAUAAUUUGGUUUACAUGUGGAUGUCAGCAGCUGAGGUUAUCAAACACGUAAUAAAAUAUUUGCUAAUCAGCCCUUACAUUCUCAGUUUAGUUUUCAAUAUCCUUUGGAAGUAUUGCCAUGCUGUUAACUAUUUGAUAGAAACUGUUCAGCGAAUGGAAUUCAAACCAGGAAAGAAUAGUCUCCAAUUUAAAACUACACGUUUAGUCAAACAUUUUCAAUAUAGAAGUGUUCUGAGCUUAGGUUAAGCCUACCCGUUUGACUGGUAAAGACAAGUAGAAUUUGAAAAGUACCAGUAAACAAUUAGAUAUAAAAUUGAUAUCCACAAAUUGGUGCUCUCUGUUGAAAUUACUGAGAUAUUAGGACUAGCUCCAUGGUUGUUUUAUAUAAUAAAUCUACUAAAGAGUCAUUUUCUUCCUGUGCGUCAGCUUCAUUGUUUGGCCUAUUUCUUUUGUAACUAAAUAAAACACAUUUAAAAGUG